AUGCGCCCGUGCCAUCCCUCAUUGGAGCGGGGGCUUGACGAAAAUUUUGCGGAAAUUUUUGAUCCGCGACCAAUGACCGAGGGAAUUCCAUUUUUUGACGUGCUAUUUUGUUUUGCUGUCUGGCUGGUCGAAAAUUAUAUGUACUGGACAUAUGUUUUGUUUGGUCGCAUCGCAUGUUUGUAUAUGAUGCGCCCGAUCUGUACAUGUAUCGCCAUUGUAUGUAUAUCCAAUUUAGCAUUGACAUUAGCUGCUGCACCUCUAACUCGCUUGAUGCAACUCAAUUAUUCCUACCACUCGCAGUUACUGUCAAACCUAAAAGAAACGAGCGUGCCCCAAGAGCGAAAAUGUUCUCGUUCACCACCACCACGCUCGCAUGUAGGAGCGCAUUCAAAAAAGCGCGAGCGAAUGUCAGACGGUCAACCGACAUCGACCUCAUCUCCGACGUCAACGGGGAUGGGUCUCUCAAGCAUCAGCUUAUGA